AUGGCUUCUCAGGUCACUGCAAGACACUUUUGUCCAGUUAAACACUUAAAUCCUGUUGAUUCCCUUCACAAGAUGCAUCGGAAGCAGUAUGAAGGUCUGUUAAGGAAAAUGUAUAUGCCUUUUGUGAGGGGUCCUGAAGAUAAACAUUCCUUUGCUAGUUUUCAAGACAAGAACAGUAAUGCUUUUCUUAAAUCCAAUCCUUUCAUCCCUCCUGAAGAUAAACAUUACAUUUUAGCUCCACACCGGGAUGAUGUGCCAGGAAUUAAUGCUUUCUCUGGAUUUGUGAGCCCUGGAGCUGAAGCCGAACAGCAAAUCAAGUAUGGUAAAUCCCUGAGGAAUGACAAAGAUUGGCAGCCUCCAGGGUGUGCACCUGUUCCCCUCAGGAGAGUUCAGACCGCUGAUGGAAGACGGUCAUUACAAUUGGAAGAGAUAAAGCAAGACCAUCGAUGGAACUCCAGAGCAGUGCCAGACAUUUCUAUCAGGUCAAAAAUUGGAGGAUGGACAAGCCCUGUAAAAGUUCUACCUGCACCACCUCAAACCAAAGAAUGCUUCUCACCCCACACAUUUGCAUUUAAUGUGGACCCAGAUGCUAAGUCAAGUGAUCCUUCUGAAAUCUGCAGAGAUUCAAGAGCUCAAAAGUAUAUGUAUAUCUCAACAACCCAAAGAGGAUAUGAAGAAGUUCCCUGGGAUAAAAUGUUGCCACCCAAGUGCAAGCCUCCAGACUCUACACUUGAACCAAUGCCUGAUUGUGUAUCCCAGUGUUUUACAAGGAAACGAUAUGAACCAGUCGCCGAAAUAAGCCAAGUUGUUGGAGGUCUCUGGGACAGAUUUCAAAAGAGAUCCUUCACAUCACCACACAGGCCAAUUAAUUUUGUUAGCCCAUAUUCUCGAACCCAGCAUCUCCCUUUAUACACAGGCUGUGUUGGUGCAGAGAAUGCCGAAGACCUGGACAACCCUGACACAGACAUAAUUAUCCAUGGCAGAGUUCGACUCACAAAGCCACGUUAUGUGAAAUCAUCCUACUCUCCAAACACCUUUGGAUACACUGGCAAGGUUCAUUGGUCAGCCACCCAACCAGUAAAUUCUAAUCUUCCACCAACAUCACCAUCCAUAAUUUCACGAAUGUAUGGUUACCUGGCUACACAUGGGCAUCCCACUGAAUUUCCACAUCUGGGGCCCUUGUCACAGAUCCUUACACCAACUGAACCACAAAAUUCUUUCAACAAGAAGGAAAGAGAGAGAGUUUCAAUUUAA